GUGUGGAAGAGGACAAAGGAGAUGCGCGAAGCGGCUUUAGCAGAAAUACUUUUAAAUGAUCAUGAUCGACCGCGUUCAAGAAAAGGCCGCCAUCCCAACCUCCAACCUUCAGAAGAUCUCCGACUUCCUUCUGUCACUCCAGCUGUACGAAGACCUCUAGGUGAGCUUGCUGCAGCAAAGCAGUAUACGAAAGAGGAGUCGCGGAGAUCUCUCACACGUAGUUGGGAUUUGUGGAAUGCCAAUAGCGAUUUCUUGUUCCUCGGAUCGCCGUUGGUCAAUUUUGCUGAGGAUAACAAUUAUGCAAUGUCGAAUGGUAGUUGAUGUUGAUGCUGAACUUAAUAGAGUCAACUCGUCUGGGAAAUCUUAGGCAGCUCGCCGAAUAGAUUCAAAUCAUCUUGGUUCAAUAGAGUUGGAUUACUUGACUCUUUUGUAUUUUUGUUUCCUAGUUAGGUGCGCAUGCGCUCCACCGAUAGUAUAAGUGAGGUUGAAGUUGUCCUUGUUAGACUUGUUAGACUGCUACUUCCAUACUGGACGGCCUCACAAGUGCAAGUGGAUACUAAUAAAUAGCUACAAAAGAGGUGCCAUGACAUGGCAUAUACUCUGAACAGUGAUACCGGAUUGGGGAAAUAUGUUGAUGCAGUCUUGGCUUCAUCUUCUAUUCCUUGCUCUAAUAACAAGACUCCAUCCUAGCGCGUAUCUUCGACAACAUUGGCGCUACGAAUAGGAUCUUCGUGGAGAUUGGGGUUGGUAGCGGUCACGAGUGCAAUACGCGAUACUGGAGGACAGUGAGAGGUUGGGACGGGGUAAUGCUCGACGUCUUGCACGAGCAUCGAGGAAUUGGGUUGGAGUUGCAGCUGAUAGAUGAGACAAAUUUAGUGGAGAUUUUGCGAGCCGUUGGGAGAGGUGGUAGUAGUAGUGAUGACACUUCUGUUGCGGAAAACAGUGGAAAACUAGCAAAGAAAGCAGUACUACAAGCAUCAGGCAACUUAAGAACACUACCGGAGGACAGCAACGUACAAGAAGUCGACAUCACCGACCUCCCCUCAGUAGCAGUGCCUAUACCCUACGAGUUUGACCUGUUAUCCAUCGACGUGGAUGGUCGCGACUGGCAUUUCCUAAGGGCAAUUUUGUUAGCUGGUUAUCGCCCAAGAGUCCUUGUGGUUGAGCGUUACGACGUUUUUGGAAUGGAUCAAAGGAGGUAUGCAAAGAGCACUACUAGUGCUGGUCCCACAACACCAGGAGAGUCAUCUUCAGGGUCUUCUCCUGGCACAACAAGUAAACCCAGCAGAAGUACUCAUCUCUUCCAACGCGGUAUGUCAGCAGCUUUGUGGGUCGAAAGUGUAGGAAGCAGCGUGCAAGCUUUGAUAGACCUCUGCUAUGCCUUUGGUUACGAUGCGGUAUACUACGGAUGGGUGGACAUCAUCUUUGUGCGGCGUAGCAGUCACUUGAGUGUACCGCAGAUGUUGAGGAAUGGGCCACGGAAGGACAUCGCUGGGGGUACAGACGCAUCUCAAAAGGACAAGGACAUAAACAUUAACGAGGACGAAACCAAAAAAAUCUCUCUCGACGGCGUCGUUCAUUGGAUCGAAGCCUCUGCUUCAACUUCUUGGCCUGACACUCAGGUUUCCAGCCUUUGGCAGAUACAAGUAGCGGACAAGACUAGCUGGCAAGCAACUUCAUUUCCGUUCAUGCUGGCUGCGCCUCUGAGUACACCUGUAGAGCUCAUUUUGACUGCAUUUGAAGAUGAAUUCGGAGAACGGCUGAAAAAAAUCGAGGACUUGAAAGAUCGAGGAUUUGAAAGCCUACAAGGAACUCACGCGGCUGCGAGGACUAUCAGUGUACUUUCCUCUGGGGAUUUGCAGUUUCUACCUCAGGCAAUCCGGAAUACUUUGCAGCUCGACGAGCAGGGUUCAAUACCGCAGGGGCCUCUUAUCGACGAUGAAGCGUCUUCUUCUACUUCGCCCUCAGCCAUUACUCCAGCUGCACGCGCUAUCUUCGCCACUUCCAAUCCCGAAAACAACAACAACAACCUAGAAGAGCUAGUGCGCUUCGAGGCACACAAUCUAACCUACGUCGUCCGACCUCGACAUCUUUUCCUGAACGAUGUCAAAACGCUCUGCUUGGCGUACUUCGACACAGUACGCAUUUUUCGUCUUAGACGGCCUGAGCAUCACAAGCAUGCACCUUGUGAUCUUCCCCAACGCGACGUUCCUGAAGACAGACGAUCGGAAAUGUGGCCCUCGGAUCAGGUCUUUUCCUUUCAGGAGUUGAGGGAUCCGAAUGUGGUUAUCUGAUGACAGCAAACCAAAGUUGGGAAUGGCAUUUUGAUCUUCCUUUUUUGAAAUUAAGUACUCGUGCAAGUCACUUUUUACUCUGAUCUCUUUCCUUUCGGUAUCAUUUCUCAAUUUCAACAAAAGUGACUGUGGCAUAGACGCCAUGGUGGUCAACAUUGCAAUGGUUCAAUACGACCCGCAAAGUCUCAAACAAACUUUUAGACGAAUUCCAUUGAGCAUCAACAGGCACAUGACUCUGAGAUGCCAUUUCAAUGACCUGAAUGAUGAUUGUCGUGUAUUCUUCUAUCUCGGGCGCAACUACUCAGCAACGAUUGUCAAUCUGAAUCGGCAGACAGCCACAUACU